GAUGCCACGGCGAAAGAAGAAAGUUAAAGAUCCCUCCGAGCCUCACAGUGUGGAGAAGACAGAGGCGGAAAACAGCAGCUCCGGCUCUGUGAAGAGAAAGCGCAGAGUUGAGGAUACAUUCAUUGUCAUCUCUGAUAGUGAGGGGGAGGAACCAAAGGAAGAGAAUGGAUUGCAGAAUACAAAAACGAAACAGCCCAACAGAGCCAAGGGUUUGGCUAAGAGAAAAAUCGCACAGAUGACGGAGGAGGAACAGUUUGAGCUGGCUCUUCAAAUGAGUGAGCAGGAAGCUAGGGCAGUGAACAGCCAGGAGGAAGAAGAGGAGGCGCUCUUGAGGAAAGCCAUUGCUGAAAGCCUGAAUAGUUGCCGGCCUUCGGAUGCUCCAGCUUCCAGCUCUGGACCUCUGGCCACUGGACCGUCAUCUUCCCAGUCCCACCAAGAGAACACCACAGACUCGGGGCCCACUGAAGGCAAAUGGCAUCUGGGACCUCCAUCCCUGUUUAAAGGCUCCCUUAUCAGUCAGGGAAACGAGGCUGAGGACAGAGAGGAGCCCUGGGACCACCCUGAAAGCACAGAAGAGGAGUCGAGCUGUGGCAGCUCAGGAAGCUGGGAGCAGGCAAACUCGCCAGUGUUUGAGAAUGGGACCGCUAACUGUGCUGACAGAUGCACUGGCCAUUUGACUGAGCACACAGUGUCGGGGAAACCCCAGGAAACUAUUGGGAAGGGCUCCGCAUGUCCACAGGCUGCCCAGGGUAGGGGGGACACAGCUAGGCCCUGUCGGCCCGCGCCCACAGAGGCUAAAUGUCUCCAGGACGCUGAGGGCACAGUGCACUACUUCUGGGGUGUUCCAUUCUGCCCGUCCGGCGUGGACCCUAACCAGUACACCAAGGUCAUUCUCUGCCAGUUGGAGGUGUAUCAAAAGAGUCUGAAAAAGGCUCAGAGGCAGCUCUUAAGGAAAAAAGGCUUUGGGGAUCCCGUGUUACCCAGCCCUCCCUCUCUGAUCCAGAGCGAAUGUGGCCAAGGCGAUCAGGCUAGUGAGCAAAAGGAAGGUAGCUCCGAAGAUGCAGGAGAUGAAGACACAGAGGUGAGGCAGGAGUCUAGGGCCGCUAUCUGGCACGCCAAGCCCAUGGAUUUCCGAGAAAGCCCCGUCGAAAGCUUGCAGGAGAAUCCUUUGUUGGAGGAAGAACAACCCACCACGAGUCAUGGUCAGUCUUCCCAAGGGCUCUUUCUUGAAGAAAACUCUGAAGAAAGAAACUCUGUAUCUGCCCCACAAAGCGUUGCCACUUUGCCCAGUAAGAGAAGUUCCGUCCCUCGGCCAGAAGGUUCUGCAGAGGAAAUCACUGUGUGUCCAGAAACCCAGCUAAGUUCCCCAGAAACUGUGGACCCUGAAAGAGAAGUUUCUUCAGGGAGCAGAGAGACCCCGGAUAAAGUGAAAGUUGUCACAACCAAUAAGGAGGUUGGUAGUGGGGAUGAUGCUGAGAAGAAAGCCCGUCCAUCUUCAUUUUUGUCCGGCAUCCAGGUAUCCUGCCCGCUAUGCGACCAAGGCUUCCCGCCUACGAAGAUCGAGCUGCACGCCAUGUACUGCAAUGGACUCGUGGAGCAGGAAACAGUGUUGACUCGGAGGCAAAAAGAGGCCAGGAAUAGGAGCUUGGGCGAGACUUCUGACGCUGACAAGAAUGAGAAAUGUUACCUCUGCAAAGCCCGGGUCCCGUUCAGAGACUAUCACGGGCACGUCAUGGCCUGUCUGCGCCUCGCCAAGAAGGCCAGCAGCAGCCGGGGAGAGAAAUCGGGGCAUUGGCAGCACCCGGGCUCCUCCACGGAAGGCAAGCAGCCACCACCCCGGCGCCAGGGGAACCCCAAGGAAAAAGGCCGCAGUGAAGGCCGACUGCUCAGUGUCUUGGAACAGUCUGAAUACCAGGCAGCAGACGCCGAGGUGAAGGUCGAGUCUUCAGGGACAGGAACCUGCAGGGUGCCAUCCUCUGGGAUGGAAGAAGCCGGCUGCAGCAGAGAGAGGCCUAGUUGCCUCAUCCCGCUCAACCUCAGUGAGUCGCCCAUCAAGUCUUUUGUGCCUGUUUCCGAAGCCACGGAUUGCUUGGUGGACUUCAAAAAGCAGCUCGCUGCCCCACCAGGCAGCCGGCCACGGACCAAAGGUGGCAGAGGCAGGAGGAAGAAAUCCUGAAGGCCUUUGGGCUGAAAGUUGGCAGAA